UUUCUUUAUCUUUCUCUUCACUCUCUCUCUCUCUCUCUGCAACUCUCUCUUGCAUAUGUGUUGAUGUAAUUCUCCACUAUAUUAUCUCACAAAAAUAUAAAAACCCAUCAACCUUUUACAAAAGGAAGCAAGAAAGAUCGAGAACCAAUAUGGUAUUUCCCUCCAUACCAGCUGCUUAUCUUGAUCCAGCCAACUGGCAACAACAACCAAAUCACCAACCGGGAGCAAAUAGCGGUGCAAAUACUACUCAUCAGUUUGCUGCUCCUCCUCCUCCACCACUACCACCACCUCCACAGCCUCAUGGGAGUAGUGGUGGCGGGUCAAUCCGGCCAGGAUCGAUGGCAGAUCGAGCUCGGAUGGCUAACAUACCGAUGCCGGAAACAGCACUGAAAUGUCCACGAUGUGAAUCAACCAACACUAAAUUUUGCUACUUCAAUAACUACAGCCUCUCCCAGCCUCGCCACUUCUGCAAAACUUGUAGACGCUACUGGACAAGGGGUGGCGCCCUGAGAAGUGUUCCAGUGGGAGGCGGCUGUAGAAGGAAUAAAAGAAGCAAAGGAAGCAGCUCAAAAAGUCCAGUUAGUAAUGAUCGCCCAACUGGGUCUGGUUCCACAAGCACAAUGUCUUCUAAUAGCGGAACCAGCGAUAUUUUAGGUCUCGGACCGCAGGUUCCUCCACUGCGGUUUAUGAGUACUCCUCUUCAUCAUCUCACAACCGAAUUCACUGGUGGCCAUGAUAUUGGCAUGAAUUAUGGUUCAAUUUCUGCUCCAACUCUAGGAGCUACAAAUGACAUGAAUUUUCACAUUGGUAGUGCGUUAGCUAGUGGUGCCGAUGGUGUCGGUAGUGCGGCUUCUGGUUCUCUUUUAUCAUCUUUAGGUGGCCUAGAUCAGUGGCGCUUGCAUCAAGCUCAGCAAUUUCCAUUUUUGGGUGGGUUGGAUUCUUCUUCUUCUUCAGUAUUAUACCCAUUUGAAAGUGGUGUUGAGCUAUCUGGCUAUGGAAAUGGUGGGGCUCAGGUCCGGCCUAAGCUUAAUUCUACUUCUGGGGUUAACGUUUCGCAGUUGGCUUCGGUGAAAAUGGAGGACAACAAUGAGAUGAAUUUGUCAAGACAAUUCUUGGGGAUUCAAGGAAAUGAACAAUACUGGAAUACUGCUACUGCAUGGACAGAUUUUUCUAGUUUUAGCUCUUCUUCAACCAGCAAUGCCUUAUAGAUUUGGUCUCUUGCCGUGGGAAUUAACUAGACGGCUGGUGAAGUUUCGUUUUUUUUUUUUUUUGUUUUUCUUUUGUUUAUUACUUAUUGUAGCUUCGACUAAAGAAUAUUAUCAAGACAAAGUUACUUUUAAGUUUCAACUCCAUAGACGAUGGAUGUUUUCAAAUCCUAAUACUUCAAGAUGGAGAUCGGGGGCUUAGUUUCUUCAAUAUCAACUUUAAACCCUAGAAUUGGUAGCUCUUUUUCUUCUGUUUAUUUCCUUUUGAAGUCAGUUUUAGGUCGCAAUGUAUGUUUGUGUUUGCAAUAGUGAGUGAAUGAAAUGGAGUUUUAUGUACCACAUCUAUAUUUCAGUUGAAACUCUUUGUUUUUUCUCA